CGUAUGCAAAUGUAUUGAUGCCAGCUUUCACCACCACCGUCCGUCCCAGCUGCUCGCCGAAAAAAUAGAAAGGACAAACGUCGAAAACGAACCAUUUGCCACGGAGGCUUCUGCGCGCCCAAGGAACAAGAGAGAAAAAACCAAAAAGAAACAUGUCAUUCCAAGGCCUGCAGGAGCGCCUGGCGCAGCUCCAGGAGACGACGUCGCAGCUCAAGACGCUGAUCGACCGCCUGGCGGGCCUCAAGUUGCAGCCCGGCUCGGUGCCGCUGGCAGACGGCGAAGAAGAUGACGGCUAUAUCGACGGCAACGUCGUCUCGGAGCUGGGCGCCGACAUCACCCAGGGGCUGCGCGAGACGGACGAGGAGCUGGAGCUGCUGCGGGAGGAGCUGCUGGACCUCCGCCCUGGCCGCCCUGGCAGCGAGGGCGAGAAGACAAAGGCUCGCCUCAAGGACGCGGCCGACCGGCUGCGCCAGGAGCUCAAAGCUUCCCGCAUAUCUUUCCGAAAAGCCCAACUAUCGGCACGAGAGAGGAUGGCCGCUGCUCUACGGGCCGAGAGGGCCGCCCUGCUGGCAUCAUACACAACACCACCCGUCUCGUCGGCUGCCACGACCCGGUCCGGUGCCUCAUCCCCUGCCCCCGCCCAGCAGCAGCAGCCCAUGCGACGACGACAGACGCUCAAGAACGACCGCGGCGGCACUGGCAGCAACAACGCUAGUAGUAGUAGCAAGGGCGACAAGGUGGUCGGGGCGGCGACGGACGUGACGGCGUCGCUGCAGCGCACGCACGACCUCAUGGCGGCGGAGCUGGCGCGGUCGGCGUACGCGGCGCAGGCGCUGGCCGAGAGCACAGCGGCGCUGCGCGAGCUCGACGACCGCUACGCCGGGCUCGACGGCCUGCUGGCCGCGUCGCGCUCGCUGCUCGGCACGCUCGUGCGCUCGCAAAAGUCGGACACGUGGUACCUGCGCACCACGCUCUACCUGCUCCUCGCCACGGCCGCCUGGCUCGUCUUCCGCCGCCUGCUGUACGGCCCGCUCUGGUGGUUCCUCUGGGUCCCGCUCCGCGUCGGCUGGUGGUCCGCCGCAAAGGGCGUCGGCGGCGGCCUGGCCCUCGUCGGCAGAAGCAGGCAGCCCGCCGCCGCGAGGAUGGAGGUCGUCGGCGCGUCCGGGAGCACCAGCGUCGUCGGCAUGGCGGGCGGCGGCGGCGGCGGCGCGGAUGCCCUGCCCACCGUGAGUGUUGCCCACGGCGGCGGCGACAAGGGGAAGGACUCGGCCGGUUCCGACUCCAUUAUGGACAAGGUCGGUAGGAUCAUCGAUGGCGACGACGGCGAUGUCGCUGCUCCGUCGGAGAACAAGGACUCGGAUGCGCCGAAUCCCAAGAAGAGAAUGUGGGAGGAGACGGUCGAAUCGGCCCAAGAUGCGUCUCAGCCAGGUGAGGGAGGCCAGACAGAAAGAGGCAGGAUUAAGGACGAGCUAUAGCAGAGUCACUUCGGGCUCAAUAUACACUGCCACAGUUAGCAGCUCAUGCGACAUUGCGAUGCAGUAAAUUCGGUGUGUUGGCACAAAGAAACGUGGUCAUUAGCGGGGCCCUGUAGAUUGCUCAUCAAGAUGCCGAACCUCCAUCGUUGCCGCCGAGGUUGACGCAGUAAAUGGGGUAAAAAGUAUGAACGAAUAUGUACACUCAGAUCCAAAUUGCUGGGUACCCAAAGACCCGAGGCUUCCAUGGCCGAAAAAAAGCCAAGCGACUGUUCGAAAAUUCAAACUUGCCUCUCUCUCCCAUUCCCCCCGCGUUCGUUCGUCAUCGUGAUUUGCAUCUCUAUCCAUUCAAUCAAACGGCAUGACC